UUUAUGUAUUUGAAGUAUUUAAACUCUUGCUGGAUUUGAUGUAUUUGGGCCGUGAUAAAGUUUUGUGUCUCAACUUUGCUCCGGGACAUCUGACCACGGCCUGGUGUGUGCUGUUCCCAGGGAAGAUCCCCAAGCUGUUCACAGAGGUGGAAGUGAGUUCCCAGAGGGAUCCACAUCCCACUGAAACCCCCGAGUCUCCUGGGAGGAGCUCCCUGCAGGGGGCUGGAAGAAAUCCUGCCACGACGAAGCCGCCGAAGAACACCAGGGCUGAGGAGCAGGACGGGGAGGACCCGGAGAGGAGGAAGAGGAGGAGGAAGGCAACCAAGAGGAAAAGGGAAGGGAAGAGCCAGGAGGAGGAGGGGCCCCUGUCCUGUGACAUCAAGCUGGACGACACCCUGGACCGCACCUUGGAGGACGGAGCCAAACAGCACAACCUGACCGUGGUCAACGUGAGGAACAUCCUGCACGAAGUGAUCACCAACGAGCACGUGGUGGCCAUGAUGAAAGCAGCCAUCAGUGAGACAGAGGAUAUUCCUCUGUUUGUGACCAAAGUGACUCAGUUCCAAAUUGGAGCUGAGGAAAUUGCUUAUGAAGCUGAUGAUGAUGAUGACCCCGAGUACAACUUCCUGGAGGAUCUGGACGAGCCGGACACGGAGGAUUUCAGGAACGACCGUGCCGUGAGGAUCACCAAGGAGGGUUUGCCUUUGUGA